AAGAGGCCGAACACUCAGCCCACACGAAGACGCGACGCGAUGCGAGCCGAUGCUUUGGUCACGCAAGCCACAAAAUUUAACAAAAACAAAUUAUUAUUAAAUGAAGAAGCGUCCAAGUCGGUUUUAAUUUCGACUACGAUAUAAAUUCUGACUCGAGAGACUUUUCAGUCUGAUAACGGCCGUCAGACAGUGAACAGUGAACGUCGCGAAGCUGCUCCGCUCGAUCUCUCAGUCUCGCCAUGAAGUCGGUGUUUGGUGCCAGUGCUGUGAUUACGCUCCUCUGCCUCCUCCUCCUCGGCGGGCCGUCCGCCUUCGCUCAGUUUAACAAUCAGAACCGGCAAGUUCGUCAGAACUGCAUCACUCCAGAGAACUACUAUGGCAGCUGCGUGGCGCUUAGCUUCUGCCCCCAGGUGGUGAACAUCUUCCAGACCACCAGCAGACAGCGCGCUGAGCGCUAUGUGAUCGCCCUGCAACGCAGCUGUGGCACCCGCAACAUCAAUGGGGAUCCGGUGGUGUGCUGUACUUCUCCGCAGCAGAAUAAUCCACAGACCACAGAGCGGCCACCGCCACGCAAUCCCUUCUUUCCCACAGAGCAAUCGUUUGUGGGUCCUCAGCCGCAGCCAACUGGGCCCAAUCGCAAUCCCUUCCUGACCACGGAAACGCCAUACACGCCACCCCUCACAACGCGUGCUCCGGCUACCACGGCAGCACCUUUGGUGGAGCUACGUGGGCCCGUCUGUCGUGGACCGGACACCAAGCCCGGCAAUUGCAUCGAUAUCAAGAGCUGUCCCUUGCUGCUAAAUCAACUGAUUGCCAAGCAGAAGGACGCCAACUUCGUGAACUUCCUGCAGGCAUCGCAGCGCAUCUGCGGCAACAUUGGCUCCACCGUCUGCUGUCCCAAUGGCCAGACGGCGACGCUUUCGCCCGUAGUCACUCCCGCCGUCAGCACGGAGGAUAUACCCCGACGUCUGCCCAAUGUGGAGGAGGGAUGUGGGUACACGCUGAACACCUUCAAGAAGAUAGUGGGCGGCGAGGUGAGCCGGAAGGGGGCCUGGCCCUGGAUAGCGCUCUUGGGUUACGAUGAUCCCUCCUCGUCGCCGUUCAAGUGCGGUGGCACUCUGAUCACAGCCAGACAUGUAAUCACAGCGGCCCACUGCAUCCGCGAGGAUCUACUAUUCGUGCGACUGGGCGAACAUGACCUCUCCACGGACACGGAGACGCGCCAUGUGGAUGUUAAUGUGGCCCGGUACGUGUCCCAUGCGGAGUACAAUCGCCGUAAUGGACGCAGCGACAUUGCCAUUCUGUAUCUGGAGCGGAACGUGCCGUUCACGGACAAGAUCACACCCAUCUGCCUGCCCCACACGUCACAGCUGCGUGGCAAGUCCUAUGUGGGCUACAUGCCCUUCGUGGCUGGCUGGGGCAAGACCCAGGAGGGCGGUGAAUCGGCCACCGUGCUGAACGAGCUGCAGAUCCCCAUCUACGACAACGAGCAGUGCCGCGAGAGCUACGCCAAGCAGAAUCGCUAUUUCACCAACGAUCAGUUCGACUCUGCGGUCGUCUGUGCGGGCGUUCUCACGGGCGGCAAGGAUACCUGCCAGGGCGACUCUGGUGGCCCACUGAUGAUACCCGAGCCUUACCAGAACAGCGUGCGCUUCUAUCUGAUUGGCGUGGUCUCGUACGGCAUUGGGUGUGCGAGGCCGGAGGUGCCUGGUGUGUACUCUAGCACCCAGCACUUUAUGGACUGGAUCAUCGAGCGGGUCCAGGAGACGACGCCCUAAGACAUGCCAUCCAUCCACCUUUAUCCAUUAUAUUUUCUACCUAUUUUAUAAGCUAUAUCUCCCCCAACUCGAAGUAAACUUUCUUCUCA